UUUCCAUAAGAGGAAUCGCUUUUGAUUUAAAUUAUUGCAUGGCGGAUCCAGAGGACACCAGGUCUUCAGAGAUGUUGUUUUUGGGUUUCAGUAGCGAGAUGGAGAUGUCGGCCAUGGUUUCGGCUCUGACCCACGUCGUCGCCGGAGAUGUGCCGGACAGAGAUGCUUAUUAUGAUUCCGCUUGGACCUCCUCCUCUGUUUCUGCUUCUGCUGUAGCAUCAGCCCCUUAUGGCGGUGGUGGACAUAAGAGAGGCCGAACGCUGGCGCUGGAAGACGGUGGCUCUGUUUCAACGUGGCCGCAAUCCUCUGUAAUUUCAGGAGAUUCAAGCAAUGGAGUGACCAAAAGGCCACAAACAGGGUCGUUGGCGAUGGAAAAUUCGGUCUUUGAAUACGGCGGAGAGAUUCCAAUCACGGCAGAGCAACCACCGGCGAGAAGAAAAUACAGGGGCGUAAGACAGAGGCCAUGGGGCAAAUGGGCGGCCGAGAUCCGAGACCCGAAUAAGGCGACGAGACUUUGGUUAGGUACGUUCGACACGGCGGAAUCCGCCGCACGGGCAUACGACGAAGCUGCGCUCCGAUUCCGAGGCAGUAAAGCUAAACUCAACUUCCCGGAAAAUGUCCGCCUCCGACAGUCGCCGGCUACUCAUUUCAGCAAUUCCAAUUCUACAAACACCCUUUUGGCAAUUCCCACAAAUUCCGAAUCGAUUGUCCAUUCUCAGCCAAUUCUUAACUUGCCGAGCUCUUCCAUUGCUUCGCCGGUGAACUUCAUCAAUUUCUCCAACGGUCAAUUGCAGCCGCCGAUCGACACAUUCAGUGAAAUUAACUUCUCAUCUUCUUCUUCAAUGGCUUCUCCUUUUCAUUCUUCAACCGCCAGACUGUCGAAUUCUCAAUUUUCGUCGUCGUCAUCUUCUUCGCCGGGGGUUUCUCUUUCCUUCCCGCCUCAGUCCGUCUCCGGUCGCUGGAGCAGCGACAAUGAGCCUUUUCCGACUUCAGAUUGGUCUGAAUUUUUCAAUCAUGCUGCUUCGUCGGGAUGAUUACGUUAUCUGUUUUGGAUUUCCGGUCGAGAUAGGUAAUUGAAUUAAUAGAUUUGAGGUUGAGACUUUUGUUUUGGCGUGGAAAAUCGAAAAUUCUUGGUUUUCUUGUUACAAUUUGAUGGGAUUUGAACAUUUCACGUAA